AUGAUCUUUUCCGCGUACGAAGGACAGCGGCAAGAUUUGCAAUGGGUGACUGUAACGUUGACAGUUGUCUCGACGCUGCUGUUGACUUGGCGAAUCACGAAUACAAUCACAAGUAGGGGCUGGCUGGGGUUGGAAGAUGCCUUUGUGAUUACAGCGAACAUCUGGCUCGUCCUGCUCGCGGCGUUCAUCUAUAGAUCCACAACGUACGGAUUUGGCACGCACACAGCCGAGAUCCAACGAACUGGUGGUAGUGUCACGGAGGCGCUCAAGGCGAGUGAAAAGAUCGACAAGAAGAUCAUCGCAAUGUGCUGA